UAAUCAUACGCGAUAUCGUGAUCACUUAGGAAGGCUACCGUUUAUAUUUGCGUUACGCGUCGGGAGCCAACUAUUUCCGAGGUUAUGUUCGUUUGAGUUGUGUUUUGAAAAAUGCACGAUCCACCUACGGUUUCUCUGUUCCACAUAGGAAACCAUAUCGAUGUGUUGGCACUCUAAUGAGAACAGUGAUCAAAAUAUAUUAAAGUGCGACAUGUGCAAUACAAAAGCAUGGUCAUCACCCAGAGAAAGAUGAAACAGCUUGCCCUAUCCAUCGUUUGUAUUAUUCUAGUUCUAGGAUUCUACAAAGGUUUGGUAAGUACAGAAGUCGAAGAAGAUUAUUCUCCGUCUCGGCAAAACAUAAACAAGGUGGAACGUAUAAGGAAGUUUCAAAAAAAAAAUGAAAACGAAUUGCUACUAGAGAAGAUCGAAGGUAGAGAUGAAUAUGGUGGUAGACUUAUUGGCAAUAACGAUAUCAAGGAUAUCGAGGAGGCUAAAAUUCGUAUACGGGAGCUCGAAGGUAAAUUACGUCAUCUCGAAGCGAAGAUCGAGAAUCGGGUGCCGAAGGAUUUUCCUACGGUGAAGUUCCUCAAUUAUAAAAAUCGUAAAAGGAUAUUGGUUACCGGUGGAGCUGGUUUCGUUGGUUCACAUUUGGUCGAUCGAUUGAUGUUGGCUGGUCACGAAGUUAUAGUUGUGGAUAAUUUUUUUACCGGACGAAAGAGAAAUGUUGAGCACUGGGUCGGCCAUGAGAAUUUCGAAUUGGUACAUCACGACAUCGUAAGGCCAUUGUAUUUGGAAGUUGAUGAGAUCUAUCAUUUGGCCAGUCCAGCCAGUCCACCUCAUUACAUGUUGAAUCCUGUUAAAACAAUUAAAACUAAUACGCUUGGUACUAUAAAUAUGUUAGGACUCGCCAAGCGAGUUGGAGCACGUGUAUUAAUUGCCAGUACGUCCGAAGUUUAUGGGGAUCCUAACGAGCAUCCCCAGAUGGAGACUUACUGGGGUCACGUUAAUCCUAUCGGUCCAAGAGCGUGCUAUGACGAAGGGAAAAGAGUCGCCGAAACUUUAAGUUACGCCUACAUGAGACAAGAAGGUGUGUCAGUACGAGUAGCACGAAUUUUUAAUACUUUUGGACCAAGAAUGCACAUGAACGAUGGACGGGUCGUAUCAAAUUUUAUUCUUCAGGCUUUGCAAAACGAUUCGAUCACCAUUUAUGGUAAUGGAAAGCAAACAAGAUCUUUUCAGUAUGUCACAGAUUUGGUAGAUGGAUUGGUUGCCUUAAUGGCUUCUAAUUACACGUUGCCCGUAAAUAUCGGCAAUCCGGUUGAACACACCAUCGAAGAAUUCGCCUUUAUUAUAAAGGAUUUAGUUGGUGGUACUAGUAAAAUAGUUGAACUUGCCGCGGUAGAAGACGAUCCACAAAGAAGAAGGCCAGAUAUUAGCAGAGCAAAAAAAUAUUUAAAUUGGCAACCAAAAGUUCCUUUAGCCGAAGGUUUGAAAAAAACUAUCAUGUAUUUUGCGAAAGAAUUGCAAAGAACGAUGCACUCGCAAAAGGAUAGUAUUAAACAUUCAUCUUAUAAAAAUGAUCAUGAUAUAAUAGAUCAUCUCUAAGAG